GCUUUUAUUUUUUUAUCGUCCGCGCAAUAAUGCGAAAAAUACAUUAUUACUUUCGGCAAAUUGAAAGCACGUUUGACGCUCCGAAUCUGAAUUAUUUCUAUCGGAAUAAUAUCCGUAUGAAUCACGAUAGCGUACGCACAAAUUGUCGUCCCGCGACAAUUGAUCAUUGACAAUGGCAGAAAUUGAAUGGCCGUGGCAGUACAGUUUCCCUCCGUUUUUUACACUUCAACCUCACGCGGAUACCAGAGCGAAACAAAUAGCGGCUUGGAAGAGCUUAGUGCUGGAAUAUCAUCGUAUCACGAAGCAAGCCGUCGUAGAUGUGCGAGAAGUGCACACGAAUCCUCUGUUCAAUAACACCAAUAUAAAUAGAAGGUUGCCGUCUGAAGCUGUGUUACUAAUACUGGAAGAACUAGGAAAAUCAGGGAACGCAUCUCCACUGGACAAAAGCAAACAGAGAUGGCUAGUUUAUUGGCAUACUUUAGAGGAAUGGGGUGAUAUAAUUCAUAAUUGGGCCCAGGAGAGCGGUUUCAUCGGAUCUGUAUGCACAUUAUUCGAACUGACACAAGGGGAGGACACAACUGAUCAAGAAUUCCAUGGUCUUGAUACAGAAGUACUAAUCAGAUCGCUGAGGACACUGGAGAAUGCCAGAAAGGCAGAGCUAAUCUUAUUUGAUGAUAAUCAAGGUGUCAAAUUCUUCUAAUCCUUAAAGUUACGCAGUGUUGUCGAAAGUCGUACGAGUCAUGGUAUAUGUGAAAUAAACUAAAAUAUAUACAUUUGAGAGAUUAUAACUUAUAAAUAUCUGCAUUUAGAUGUACGUUUUUGUCAAAUUUAUGAUUAUUACACAAGCGUAAAGAAAAUAUUGUUAAAUAUAAGGUAAUAUUGUUUAUAAAUAAAAUAAU